AUAUUUCCUGGAUCCGUCCUGUCACUUUUUCCAUGUUUUAAAGGACUUGAAAUUUUCUUUGUUUAGAAAAGUUUAAUGAUGUAUGGAAAAGAGUUAUCACCUGAUCAGAUGAAACGUGUUAUCGAUGCUGAACAAACACAGAAUCCACUGUUUCUUAUGAUUACUGUAUCUGAAAUUGUUGUAUUUGGGUAUUUUCGUCUCCUUGACAAGAAAAUUGAUUCUUUGAUUACAUGCAAUAGUGUUCAAGAAUUGUUUGAGAACUACCUUCAAAGACUGGAAGAGGAUUACAAUGUGUCUACAUUCCCAGGAAAUUUAGUUGAAAAGGUAUUAUUAGCCAUACUAUUUUCACGCAGUGGAAUAUCUGAAACAGAAUUAAAAGAGAUUCUUACUAUUCCUGAUUCUAUUUGGUCACCACUGUAUUUUGCUAUGGAGAAAUACGUCAUUCAACAUUCUGGUUUGCUAAACUUUGGCUUCAAGGAGCUAAAAACAGCUGUAGAAAAAAAAUAUCUAAAAUCUCCACAAGAUGGAAAAACAAUUUUAAAGCAAAUGAUUGAAUAUUUUGAGAAGAAAAGGAAGGGAUUUAACUGGUCUGUACUGCAUGGUGAUCAUGAUAUUAGUCGCUGUAGCAUAGAACUACCAUUUUUACAAAAACAGAUUGGAGAUAAUGAAGGUCUUCUUACUACCAUUACAGAUUUUACUGUCUUUCAGUCUCUGUUUCAAGAACACAAUUAUGAAAUUAUUGAAUUAUGGGAAGCCACAGGUUGUGAUACUAGUGAAAUCAUUGAUCGUUAUUUGACAAACUUUGAUGUACGAAUAGCCGAUAUCUACCUCAAAAGACAACAAAAUCAAGAUGAAAAACAUUCCAGUCCUCCGGGAGUUGAGGCAUCUCAGUUGUUGACAGAUUUAAGGAUUAUGUUAGGAUAUGUCCAAAAACCAGUUGAAGGAAUUAAAAUUAUGAAAAGACAAAUACAAGUACUAGAGAACAGUAAAGGAUAUAUGGAUGAAAAUAAAAGACAAGAGGCCCUAGUUAGAUGUCAAUAUUUCUUAGCAGCACAAUAUGUAGAAAUGGAAGAUUAUGAAACUGGUGUACCAAUCCAUGAAAAGAUUAUUUCAGAUCUAGAAAAAUUAAAAGAAGCUGGAAAUAUAAGUAUAGAUAGUUUGAUUGUUUUAGCCAUGUCCUAUAACGAUAUUGGUGUUACGUUAGUCAGCAGGAGAGAAUAUGAAAAAGCAGAGAAAUAUUUCUAUAAAAGUAUGGAGAUAGAAUCAGUAGAAGGUUUAAGACAAGAAGAAGGAGAAUGUUUAAUGAAUAUUGCUUUAUGUCGAUUAGAACAAGGAGACACUGACAAAGCUUUAGAGUUGUACCUGAAAACAUUAGAAAUCUUUGAAGAUGUAUUUUUUGGUCAAUUGAAUCACAAUCUGGGACAAUUGAUGACUAAUAUAGGUUUAACUUACAGACGACAGAAUAAAUUAGAAGAAGCAGAAAUAUAUUAUAACAGAUCUCUGAAGAUAAAAGCUCAAGCUCUAGGUUGGGAUAAUCCUGAUGUGGCCUAUGUUUAUAUGAAUCUGUCUGUUAUUGAACAACUGAGGAGCAAUCUACCUAAAUCCAUUGAACUCAUAACUAAGGCUGAACUCAUAUUUAAGAAAAGAAAUGCUGAUUUAUACACAAAUGCUAAUUAUCGUAAAGUAUUUGAAAACCGAGUAUUAUAUAUAGUACUUCAAGAAAGAUAUGAAGACGCAGAGGAAGAAUAUCAAAAAAUCUUAAAUGUUUUGAUGGAUAAAGGAUUAAUGGAUUUUUGUUUAAAGGGAUUACAUCUUGAAAUGUUAAAGUUUUAUAUUCGAUCAGAACAGUAUGAUAAAGCUACAAAGACAGCACUGGCAAUAUUAAGUCGGGCGAAUCCAGAACCUACAGAUUUUACAUAUCUCGACCAUUUAGAUGCCUUGAAACCGAUAGAAGAGAGACCUCAAAGAGAAUAUAAAUAUUCACUAGAGCGUGCUUUUGAUUUAUGGCCAGAUAAUGGUGAUAUUGGGCGAAGAUUAGCGAGGAAUAACUACAUACCCCGUAAUCUUACUGAUAAAUUACUCCAACAUUUACAGAAAAUUGAUAAAAAUGUGGAAGGACUUGGGGCAAUGACUUACGGAUAUGCUUCAGAUUGGUGCUGCGAAGACCAGAAAUCAGAUUUAGCUUUAACUGUUCUAAGAAAGGGUUUUGAAAUCUAUCCAGAUUCCAUGGAAAUUAUCGACAGGUUAACUACUAUUUUACGUGAAAAUAAGGAUUACGCUGGACUACUGGAAUUUUUACAGCCAGUAACCAAGCGAAUAGAUAAUUCUGCUUUACACUACAUAGCUGGAUAUUCUGCUAUCAUGCAAGGUCAGUUUGAUCUAGCUCGAGAACUACUUAAACGAAUCAUAGAUAAAGAUUCAGAUCCAGAUCCAGAUAUCAUGCUCCAAAAGGCAACAGAUUUAUAUAAUUCAAUUGACCAAUUUGAAAGUGAAACGAAAAAAAUAAUGGAGAACAAAAUAAGAGACCAGAAUCAAAGUGAUGACAAAAUAUAGAUACUAAAUGUUGAAUUAGUUUACAUUAUUUAUUUAGAUAAUUACUCAUUAGCUAGGAGCUGAUCCAUUCUUGGUAUCCUUAGUGGUAUCAUUCCGGUGGAGUAGAAUGUAUAUAUUAAACGAAAGUAAGCAUGUCUAAAAAUGCUUUUAAUGUAGGAAAUUAUACCAACAAUAUCAUUCGACAAAAUCUUUCUUUUGUGGUAAAAAGAAACAAAGUUUUUCUGUGAUCCUAAGUCUGACAUUUAUUGAAAAUAAAUUUAAACAUUUGAUAUAUUUUCUGCUUUAAAGAUACAUUCCCGGGUACAAACUGGGUGAUUUGAUGAUAUAUUUGGACUAAAAACAUAUUCAAACUAGUUAAUUUAUCAUAAUUUUGCUUCAAAUCCUUCUCAAAACAUUGCAAUUGUCAGGUAAUACCCGACUAUAAAAAAUGGAUCAAAAGAGGUCAUGUUUGUGUCACGUGACACAACGGGUGUGAUGUCGGAGGAGAAAUCAUUGCAUACACAAGACGAUGUUGCCUUUAUCGCUGACUAUUUAUUACAAAUAUCGAAGCCUAUUUAAAUUGUCGGAUUAUCCACGAAUUAUCCACGUCUAACUCUUCAUAAAGUUUAUCAACAUGUACAUCAAGCGCUCAAUCUCCGCGUGCAACCUUCAACGUCACGCGUGCUGACACUCCUAAUCGUCGGGCUGUCGAUUAGGAAAACCUGUACAUUUUUGUCUUGUAUGCGCUCCAUGAGUGUUUUUCAGGGAAUCCAGUAUUUUUCUAGUAAGAUUGGAUAUUUCUACUUUCCAUAUAUACCAAAAUUGCCAUACUUUUAUUGGAAAUAACCACCCGAUAAAUAAAUAUAUACAGUAAGUGUAUAUACAGUAAUUGUUCUGUAUCUUAUGUAUUAAUUGUUUGUUCUGUUCUUGUUUUUGUGUUGUAUAUGCAGUUGUCCCAACAUCCUAUAUUUUACAUUGCCUAGUGCCUAUCAAAUAUUCUCCACCAAAUAAAAUGAUAUUAAACUGUUAUUAUAUAAAAAGUAGAAAAUGUUUCAAACUUUUCAAAACAUUCUAUAGAAAUAUUGUAAUAUUCUACAGUUAUAUAUGAAAUGAUUGAAAUGAAAAGUUAACAUUACUUUUUCAUACUUAUUUGGGGUUAUACUGUAAUAGGGAAGUUGGGUGAACUAGUACUUUAAUGCGUGUAACCAUAAGGUAUGUAACUGUGUCAAGGGGGUGUGGUUUUGAUUCCUCAAUUGUAUAUGACAAGCAGAAGGGUUGUCUUGUGCAUUUUCUCUGAGUCCUCCGGUUUCCUCCAACUGCUAUAGAUUCCUAAGCACAAUAAAAUAAAAUUGAACCAUAUGUUGGUACCAGAAUGAACUAGUUUGUGUCAAGUGGAAAUGAAAUGAAAUGGAGUAUAACAUCCUAUUGUUGUGCUCAGACUGGGCUAAUGAAAACGGGCAUAUGCCAUACAGUGUGCUAUGAGGGAAAUUUUGCCUAGACACCGGCGCUACGGCCUACUCUUAUAUCAAAUUCUAACUGCCAAGGAAUCUUUUACAUGCAUACCAAUGUGUACACAGGCCCUCGGUCCUGCACCACUGACAAUGAGGAACCGUGUCGGAAAAUUUCAAUGAACUUUCUCGGCCAACACAGCGAACACAGGACCCCAUUAUAUUAUAAUAUACAUAGAUGUAUAUAAAUAUUUCGAUGAUUAGUUACAGUAAACAAUUACUUAAAGGGACAAUAACACUCUUGCUGGCUUGAAAGCUCCAGAAAAUAAAUAAUAUCUCUAUCUAAGUACUAGAUGUUUAAGUGUCCUACCUGUUGUGUAAAUUAUCCAUUACAUCCUAUUUUACUUGUCCAGAGGGUUCGAAAAUAUUUUUAAAUCGAAGUUUCAUUUGAAAAGGUUUACGUUAGACGUUUCAAACCAUUAUGUUGAAUUUUUCAAAUUUUUUAAAUAAGGUGUGUUAAGAUGAAGUUUGUAUCAUCAAUUAAUUGAAAUAUUCUAAAUAAGUACAAUUUGUUGACCAGAGUAAAGAUUGGGACAUAUUAUUCAGUUACAACAAGAGUGGUAUUGAGCCUUUAACUGUAAUAUUUAUAUAGGUUUUUAUAUAGGUAUCAUUAUAAGCCUACACACCAUGCAACUAUGAUUUUAUAUUUUUUGAUAUAUACAUGCAUAAAAAUUUUUAAUUAACUUUUUUCAAAUUUUAGUUAUUGAUAUUUAUUAUAUGGAAAUUGUUAUUGUUCAAGAAAAAUACAUUGUUGGAUUAAAAAUGUUUUAUUUU